GGGGGCGGGACUUCCGGCAGCGCAGGUUGGACAUAAAGUGACAGACUUCACCUCCUUAAAAUUGGAAGAAAAACCGAAGGACGACGCAAUACAAGUUUUAAAACAAUUGUAAUGAUUUUCAGACAUGGACGACAUAAACCUUCAUUAUCGCUUUCUGAACUGGAGGAGGCGAAUUCGAGAAAUUCGUGAAGUGCGAGCUGUGCGAUACCGGGAGCGGCUGAAAAGGAUGCUGAGAGAUGGUGACAUACUCAGGUAUCAUGGGAAUUCAGAUGAAGUUGGCUGUUUUGUGGCGGCACGGCCAUUGUCGAGAAGAAACCGCUAUUUUGAAGUGACCAUCAUCGAUACAGGAGUGAGAGGAAUGAUUGCUGUUGGUUUGGUACCUCAGCUCUACAAGCUGGACCAUCAGCCGGGCUGGCUCCCGAACUCUGUGGCUUUUCAUGCCGAUGAUGGCAAGCUGUAUAAUGGCAACACUGUGGGACAGCAGUUUGGUCCAAAAUGCUGCAGAGGUGACAGAAUCGGCUGUGGAGUAUCUCUGGACGCUGAAGAGGGACAGCUAACUGUGUUUUUUACCAAGAAUGGCAAAGACGUCGGCAGUGUGGAAAUCCCAGCGUCUCCUGAUGCUCUCUACCCCGCUGUGGGAAUGCACUCCUUGGGGGAAGAAGUGCUGCUGGACCUGAACGCUGAAUGGGGGAUGGAGGAGGAUGAUGGACAGAUGAUUGUGGAUAGUCAUGAAGAGGACUGGAGCCGUCUCCAUGAUGUCAAGGUGACCGGCACGCUGCUGGAGUAUGUGGGCAGAGGGAAGAGCAUCAUGGACGUGGGCUUGGCUCAAGCCCGUCGGCCUCUCAACACACGCUUCCAUUACUAUGAACUGGAGAUCACAGAUGCUGGAGAAAAGUGCUACAUCGCCCUGGGUCUGGCACGCAGGGACUACCCCAAAAACAGACAUCCAGGCUGGAGCAGAGGGUCUAUAGCCUAUCAUGCAGAUGAUGGCAAGUUGUUCCAAGGCAGCGGGGUCGGGGACGCGUUUGGACCACGCUGCUUUGAAGGGGACAUUAUGGGCUGUGGGAUCAUGUUUCCACGCGACUACAGCCUUGAUGGUGGAGAUGACGUAGACGACUGGGACUUCGAAGUGAUUCCCAAACCCAGCGAGGUUCAGAAUGACUUGUAUGCGAACAAUGAAGAUGAGGAGGAUGAGGGAGAAGACAUGCAGGGGAGGAAGGUCACGGUGUUCUUCACCAGAAAUGGAAAGGUGGUGGGCCGGAGGGAAGUGGCCUUACCCAUAGGAGGGUUGUACCCCACGAUUGGCAUGAUGAGCACCGGGGAGAAGGUCAGAGUGGACCUGCACCCUCUCAGCGGCUGAGCAGAGUGAAGGAAAACUGAGCGGAGAAAUCAGAGCAGUGACAAAUGAUUGAGCACUCGAUCAGAUAAUAAAUAAUACCGCCACAGCAACAGGCUCCAAAGGUGUUACUUGAAAAGUCACUCCAGUGUGGAAGGUGACUGUGGCUCCCUCAUGCUGUCAGAAUGAUCAGAACAAUGCAUGUUAAUAUCACAUGCGUGCUUUAAAGAAGUGCUUUAUAAUUAAAUGGUUUCAUAGGAAAAAAUUAAACCAGAGGUUUGUUUAGGUGACACGCAUCAUCGCAGAAAAAGCCAAAAAAAAAAAAAAAAAAAGGCUCUCGCCAGGACAAUGAAUGUAAAAAAUAAUCCAAUCAAAGUUGACUCCAGCAAACAAGUGGACCCUCUUAUCAGCAACAGAAUGGAGUAUGUCAGCAGUAAUGUAGCUCCACUCUCACCGCCCGCAGCCACACUGUACUCAUUACCAGAGGUCUGCUGUGCUUCCUCCUAUCGAUGGUGUGUUACUGACACUCAGUGGUGAGAGUGAUAGCUUGAAAAAUAAUACUCAGAAAGUCUUCCAAAAAAAAGAGAAAGAAAAAAAAGAAGCAGUAUGCACAGACUGAACGGUGAGUUUACUCUGUGAUGCAAAGUCAGCUGCUUUAUGAGUGGUUCUGUACAAGUGUGAGUGCUUGUUGUAUCGUGGAGUCAUUACUGCAUGUUUUGUGGCAGCUGUGCGGGCCACAUGCAUCAGGAAUUAUGGGAUAAUGGAAUGUAAGCUGAAACCAGAUUAUUUUGGUUUUAAUGCCAAGGUAAAGCAAAAUUCCAAAUUUUAUGAUAUCAUGAGUAGCUGUCGUUUAAUCAGGUAUGAUUUUGACCUAAUUGAGAACAUACAAUAGACGAGAUGUACUAUCAUAACGUGCAGAUAUAAUCACUCCAAAGUCUUUGUGAGAAACAUUUGUCAUGUCAGCAGAUGUUCAUGAAGCCAUACUGUAAAACUUGAUGCUGUCAGGUAUCUUUGAGAAUCAAAAUUACAUACCUUGUCUUUUCUGUGAUUGUUUUUGUGAUUUUGCUGUAUGUUCAAGUCAACCAGUGAUGGCCACAAACCUGUAAUGCAUUUUUUUGGGGAGUGGUUAUUGUUGUUUUCUUAUUGAAUCAAUAUCUUUGACAUUGAAGCCUGUUAAAGUAGAAGACUUUUGACUGUUUCCCAGCUGACUCUUAUAUGUCAGUGGUAAAGGACUGUUUUUUGUGACACCAAAUUUCCAAACAGACCUACUUUUUUUUUUUUUUUUUUUACAAACAGAGGUAAAGGCUCUGCUGCUGGUAUCAGUUCACAUGUGUGCUACAACUUGUGAAUCAUUAAAAUUUAUAUAUAACAAGAAGCUGUUAAUUGCAAUAUUUUUUAAAGUCUGACAUAAACAGAUACAAUAAUAUAUGUUUUACAACCAGACUGUUGUUGAACAUUUGACCUGAUGAGCAAAGUGCCUGUGUGAGUAGCUCCAGUCUGGACCCUUAUCAGGUGAUCCAUGUAUGUGUGUGGCAUGUGUCAGUUCACAAGUUUGUGGAGCUACAUUCACACUGAAAAACUUCUUAUACACCUCAUAGUAAAAGUGCCAAAAACACAUAAGGAUUCAUUGCGUCCAUGAAGUGUCCUCCUGGUCAGCAAAAAAUGUAAAAGACAGGUGUUCAUGUGAUGCUCAACUGCUGCUAACUGUGUGCCAAGGAAACGUGCACAUCAUCAUAUCAGCCUGUACUGUAGACAGGGUGUACUCAUGUCCCACUUUUCACUGUCAUUGUCCAAUUUUGUGUUUAUGAUCAUCUUAGUUCACAGGAGCUAAAUUUGAUGUUCUGCUGCUGUUGGCUGUCUGCCACACGCUUUUAAUAUUUAGCCCAUUUAUCGUCUGUGUAUUUAAUCAUGAAUGAAGUUUAACAUCAGUCUCUCCCAGUCCAGCCCUUAUUGUGUACAUCCUGUCUUAUAUGUUUGUAUUUCAUUUUGCCUUUUCUCUCCUUCGUUGUCUCUCUUCACUUAAAUCAAUCAGGUAAACAUGCCAAAAAUAGUUUUCAUGAAUAAAUAUUUACACCCUGCUUUUUGUGGUGUCGUGUUUAAUAUGAAUAACAUAUGGGGCUGUCUGCUGACUUUAAUGCUAAUGAGAUCUUGAAACGCAGACCAAAAUUUCAGUGCCUAAAUUAUGUAUGUGUGAUGAAUAUUCUUCUCACAUUUGUCUUCCUGUGGUUGUAUUGUAGUACUGGACUGAAAAUAAAAUAAGUUUUUGCCUUUUCUAAAAGA